CUUCGACAUCCCCCCCGGGCCUCUUCCCGUGACCCAGCAGCCUUCGUCUUCGGCAGCUUGCUCACAAUAAAGGAACUUUGGGGUCGUGCGUGCACACCCACUCAGACACACGCGCUCAUGCGCGCACACAUGCACACACACGCUUUCCAGUCCCCUGCCUGCGCUCUCCCAGCCCAGGGGACUUCGGUUGCAGAGGUGUUUCAUUUCUCCCUGUUGUGGGCUUCUUUGAUUGUUAUUUUUUUCUAAAAAAAAAAAAAUUCAAAAAUCAAUAAUGAUCAGUUCUAGGACACAUCCCGAAUAGAAACAAAACUUUUGAAUGCUGGAUUCAAAAAAAAAAAAAAAAAAAAAAGUGUUAUCUGGACAGCUUCUUUGAGACUAUUUAAAAACUGGUACAACAGGUCUCUACAACGCCAAGAUCUAACUAAACUUUAAAAGGUCAAGAAGUUUUAUGGCUGACCGAGGACUUGCGCCACUGCGGAAGGCCUUUCCCACUUUCAGCUUCAGGAGAAUUGGGGGUUUGCCCCCCAUCCUCUUCCGUGUGUCUGCACCGAGGGCUACAUUAGCUUUGUGUGGUUGAUGGAUAGCUGGGAGUAUGGCCACUCUGCUCCACGAUGCAGUAAUGAACCCGGCAGAAGUGGUGAAGCAGCGCUUACAGAUGUACAACUCACAGCACCGGUCCGCCCUCGGCUGCAUCGGCACGGUGUGGAGGACCGAGGGGCUGGGGGCCUUCUACCGGAGCUACACCACGCAGCUCACCAUGAACAUUCCCUUCCAGUCCAUCCACUUCAUCACUUACGAGUUCCUGCAGGAGCAGGUGAACCCGCGGCGGGACUACAACCCACAGUCCCACAUCAUCUCUGGUGGCCUGGCCGGGGCCCUUGCUGCAGCUGCCACCACACCCCUGGACGUCUGCAAGACCCUGCUCAACACACAGGAGAACGUGGCUCUGUCCCUGGCCAACAUCAGUGGUCGGCUGUCAGGCAUGGCCAACGCCUUCCGGACGGUGUACCAGCUCAACGGCCUAGCGGGCUACUUCAAAGGCAUCCAAGCACGUGUCAUCUACCAGAUCCCCUCCACGGCCAUCUCCUGGUCUGUCUAUGAGUUUUUCAAGUACUUCCUCACCAAACAUCACCUGGAGAACCGAACUCUGUACUAAAGGAACGGGCUGUGGGAAGUGGUUCUGGAAUCUUUUGUUCACGAAAGCCUUCCCCUGCCUGCCCACCCAUCCCUUGGCCUCACACCCAAGGUCUUUUUUUUUGAGGGUGCCCUUGAUGGGUGCUCCCUGAUGCCUUAGAAAGAGGGGAGGCUGGGAUGACCGCCGACUGGAAGGCUGUCCUGUCCACAGGGACGUCCGAGGUGGCAGUGGACAGGAAAGAAUUGAGAAGGGCAGUGAGAAAUGGCUGUUUCUCCUCCUCCCCCAGAGAAUGUAGCUUUUCUGCUUCACUGUGGCAGUGUCUUCCCUUGCUCCUUAGGCCAUGCAGGAGGGAAGAGGAAAUAGCAGUGACUGAACACAUUAAAGAAAGUGUGUGUGUGUGUGUGUGUGUAUAUGUGUAUAUAUAUAUAUAUAUGUAUAUAUAUAUACACACACACACAUAUAUAAAAUGUCCAUUACACAGUCUAAAAUAGAUGGAUAAUGUUUAUCCUUUAUUUUUCUACAUAGAAAUUUUUGAAUUUGUGUGUGUUUUUGUGUGUGUGUCCAUAAAUAGUAUUACAGCCGAGCUGAUCGAGCUGUUUUUUUAAAAAACAUAAAAUAAAUAAAAAAACAGGGCUGAAUUCUUCCGUCAGGCUAACUAAAAAGGCACCUAAGUAAUAAAAGGCUAGAUGAGGCUUCAAAUUGCAUGUAGAAAGCCCUCCCCCAGCCAUGGAAGUUUCACUUGAAUGUAAUAAUAAACAUUAUAUAUUUUGAAUUUCUCUUUUAAUGGGGAAAAAGGUACAUUUAAAAAAUCAAAAUAAUUUUAUGCUACUUGCAGCUAUUUUUUAAUUCAAUCAGUUCACCUUCAGGUGCCUUAUUCCCUUUAGUCUUUCCUAAAAAUUCCAGGACCAAAGAUCGGGCCCUGGUGUGUUUCUUCCUGCUGUGUACGUACACACACACAGUCCAGGCAGCGGGAGUCACACCUGCUGUACGCCAGUGCCCCCACUAAAAUUGGGGUGAGCGGCCUUACACCCGCUGAGACCCUUCCCUUGCUUGUCGUGAGUGACUUGGAUUUGUGCCUCCCUGGGUCACACUUGGAAGCACUGGAUGUACCAGUGUCUGGCUACUUGUUGAGUAGGUCAUUGGGAUAAAUCCUACCUUUCUCCUAUGACUUACUUGUGGAUCAUCCCUUUUUUUCUUGCCUCUGGCAUUUUCAGGGACCUUGGCUUAUCUGUGUUUUGACUAAAUAACCUCAUGUUCUGCCGUUCCUUGUGGGAUCUAGGGACUUAACAAAAUGGAGCUGGCAUUUGGUUGUAUCCCUGUCCUAUCCAACCCUUAAUUCACUGUCACAGCCUCCUCUCAUUGAAUGGUGAUAAGUUGGCUCUCCAGCCACGGUCCCACUGCUGAAGCCUGACCUUGAGCCCCAUGCCCGAGGUUACCUCUUCUCCCUUGUCUGUGUCACCUGAGAUCACUAGGUCUUACUACCUUGUCUUCUGAAGCGGAGUCACCUUAUCUGUAAGAGAAAAUAUAAGCCUGCUGCUUCCAGAUCAGUGUCCGAGGGGAGACCGGACAGCCUCCAUUUCCUGUUCUGAGCUCCCACCAGAGCCCUUCUGGAAAUGAGCAGAAGGCACAUGCAUGUCAUCCUGGCAGUCCUGGUCUUGACCUGCCACCAUCACAGUGGCCAGUGUGGCCCCUGUCCCUGGGGCAGCUCAGGGCUGGCUCUUCUGAGCCAUAUGGCUGCCUGAGAAAAACUUAGGUUGCACAUAGAGAAAUCUUAUCUCUAGUGGUCUUUGGUCCCAGUAGCUAUGAGCAGUUUCUAAUGAAAUAGUUGACUUCCUUUUUCAGAUCAAGGAUAGGAGGGCCACCCUGGUACCUUGUGUGUGCUCUGUGAGCAGGGUCUUGAUGAUGGGCUGCGGGAUGGCUGCUGAACUGUCCCACUUUGGGACAGCACCCCAUUGCUCUCCACUGUGGGUACUAGUUGCAUCAGGCAGGAAGCUGGUGAUCAUGCUAUUGCCGGAAAUGUUUACCUGUUCUGACCGUGUCCUGAGGCAGGGUUAUAUAUGCAGUGCUAGCUUCUGCAGAUGGAGGGGAAAAUCAAACUAUGGAUUCUAAAGUAGAACUUAAAUCCUGAAAAAUUAUUCCACCCAUCCCUUUUUAUCCUCUUGAUAUACUGCCUUGCUAUAAAUGCUCCUGGUUUCCCACAGGGUUUUGUUCUCCAUGGUAUUUACAGCAGAGAUGCAGCUUCUAGAAAAGCCCCUUUGAUUCAGAGGAUACAAAACAGGCAAGGAGCUGGAUUUCAGACUCAGAGUCCUGGGUUCCUCCUCCUGGUUAUGGUGGCUGGGUCAGCAUGGGGUCCCACCUGUCCUGCCUGCCUCCACAUAGUCAUUGUGACAUUUAGUGAUCAGUUUAGUGUCAGAAGCUUGUGACAGUUUCGAGACACCCAGUAGAUAAGUGUUUAUUAAUUUUACCUUUCUCAUCUCUAGCUUGAAAUGUGGUAUUGUUUGCCCCACACAGACUAUAGCUUGCAGGUUAUAAUUUUGACAUUGAAGAAUGCUGAACAGGAAAGUAACACCCCUGUCCAGUGGCCCACUUAAAAUAAUCAUGGCACAUACUUGGUCAUUAACAUCUCUGAAGCAACAUCUACUGCUAAGGUAAUGCCAAGGGAACCCAGUACUGGUACGCUGACAGUGUGUGUGUGAUUGCACAAGUUCUCAGAUGGUGAUGUGAGGUUCACCCACUUGUACAUUGGAAUUUUCAAAUAAAACAUUUUUUUUGCAAAUGGGAUAAAUUCUCUAUCCAUGACUCUUUUUCUUAGCUUUGGAUUGACUCUACCUGCUUCCUAGCUUCUUGUGUGGUUUGGUUUUUAUAAAAAUGCUAAUGUCUUAUUCCAAGCACUAUCUUCCUAUGACCCUGGAGGCUGCAUCUCCAACACCUUGUUAUGUCCAUAAGGUUGUAUUUAUUUAAGGAUGAUUGUGUCCGUGAACUGUGAAUGUACUGCUGCUCCCUACCUGUGAGACGUUCCACGUAUGCAAAAAGGGUGAACAAAUGUCAUUUCUUCAAUGUCAUAAAUGCUUGAGAUCAAGAUUGUUUCUGCUUUGCGGUCGCUGUCAGCUCGUUGCAGAGGGUAAAUAUAUGUUGAUGUGUGUGUGUGAGCGUGGGGGGCGUAUUUGAUAUGCUGCUAUAGGUGUAACACUGGAGCUCAAGAAAAUAAAGCAUUGAUCAUGGAA